GCAAAGAUGGCGGUGCGAAAGAAAGACGGCGGCCCGAAUGUAAAACAUUUCGAAGCGUCUGACACCGUCUCUCAGUUUGAUAAUGUCCGCGUCUGGCUGGGGAAGAAUUACAAAAAGUACAUCCAGGCAGAGCCCCCCACCAAUAAGUCCCUGUCCAGCCUGGUGGUCCAGCUGCUCCAGUUCCAGGAGGAGGUGUUUGGGCGACAUGUCAGCAACCCUCCACUCACCAAACUGCCUAUGAAGUGUUUCCUGGACUUCAAGUCAGGGGGGGCUCUCUGCCACAUUCUGGCAGCUGCCUACAAGUUCAAGAGUGACCAAGGAUGGCGCAGGUUUGACUUCCAGAAUCCGUCAAGGAUGGACCGAAAUGUGGAGAUGUUCAUGACCAUUGAGAAGUCGUUGGUGCAGAACAACUGCCUGACUCGACCUGUCAUCUAUCUGAGUGCGGACAUAGAACCAAAACUGCUCGGGAAACUGAAAGACAUUAUCAAAAGACAUCAGGGCUCGGUGACUGAGGACAAGGCCUCUAGCUCCCAUGUUGUUGUGCCUAUUCCGACCAGUCUGGAGGAAGAGGAGUGGGUGCGUCCCGUGAUGAAGAGAGAUAAACAAGUGCUGCUUCACUGGGGAUAUUUUCCUGACAGUUACGACACCUGGAUCCCAGCCAGUGAGGUUGAGGCUGCGGUGGAGGAUGCUCCGAGCCCGGAGAAACCCAGGAAGGUCCAUGCCAAGUGGAUUUUAGACCUGGACCAGUAUAACGAGUGGAUGACUGAAGAGGACUAUGAAGUGGGCGAGGGCUGCCCCAAGAGGAAGAGGAUCUCUGCCAAGACCCUGACGGAUGAAGUGACCACACCCGACGAGCGGCGAGACAAGAAGCCCGGCAGUGCCAAGAAGAGGAAGCGUUCGCCGUCGCCCUCCCCCACCCCUCCACCCCAGGAGAGCAGCAAGAAGAAGAACACUAAGAAAGGACCAACGACCCCGUACACCAAGUCUAAACGUGGCCAGAGGGAGGAAGAACAGGAGGACCUGAGUAAGGACUUGGAUGAAGCGUCGCCUGUUCCAGCAUCUGAAGAGGCAAACGCAGCUAAGACAAAUAACACAAAAAAAGAUUCAGAUUCAACUCCAGUCAAGGGAGGAACGGAUAUGGACGAGCAGGAGGAUGAGUCCAUGGAAACAACAGGGAAGGAAGAGGAGGAAGGCUCCCCGGGUGUCAAGGGAGAACCGGUAAAAGGCUCUGACCUUCAUGAGGACAACGUGACUGAGCAAACCCACCACAUCAUCAUCCCAAGCUACGCUGCCUGGUUUGACUACAACAGUGUUCACGCCAUCGAGCGCAGAGCCCUCCCAGAGUUUUUCAAUGGAAAGAACAAAUCCAAGACCCCUGAGAUUUAUCUGGCGUACAGGAACUUCAUGAUUGACACCUAUCGACUGAAUCCUCAGGAGUACCUCACCUCCACCGCCUGCCGCAGGAACUUGGCAGGAGAUGUUUGUGCAAUCAUGAGAGUUCACGCCUUCCUGGAGCAAUGGGGUCUGAUCAACUACCAGGUGGACUCAGAGAGCCGGCCCACACCCAUGGGUCCUCCGCCCACCUCUCACUUCCAUGUCCUGGCAGACACUCCAUCCAGUCUGGUUCCCCUGCAGCCUAAGACCACCCAGACUCCUGCUACCCAGCCGCCAAUGAUGUCGUUCCCAGAUAAAGUGAAAGAAAAACCAGCAGAUCUGCAAAACUUUGGGCUACGGACUGACAUGUACAGCAAGAAGAGUGGCUCAGUAAAGAUCAAGAGUACAGCAAGCUCCAUGAGGGACUGGACAGAGCAAGAAACACUACUACUACUUGAGGGUUUGGAAAUGUACAAGGACGACUGGAACAAAGUGUCAGAACACGUGGGCAGCCGUACACAGGAUGAGUGUAUCCUGCACUUCCUGCGGCUGCCCAUCGAAGACCCCUACUUGGAGGACAGCUCCUCGACUCUGGGACCACUCGCCUUUCAGCCGGUACCUUUCAGCCAGGCAGGAAACCCCGUCAUGAGCACAGUGGCCUUCCUCGCCUCGGUCGUUGACCCACGCGUGGCCUCGGCUGCAGCUAAAUCUGCUCUGGAGGAGUUUUCUCGUAUGAAAGAGGAAGUUCCUGCAGCGCUGGUCGAAGCUCACGUGCGACGAGUGGAGGAGGCAGCGAGAGUCAGUGGUCGCCAGGACCCCCUGUAUGGUCUGGAAGGGAGUGGGAUUGCAGGAACUGGCCUGGAGGAGGGCGAAAGACCUGACGAAAACACUGAUGAAAACAAGAAUGACACCCAAUCAAGUGAAGAGAAGAGAGAGCCCAAGGACAGCAAAGAUGGAGCGAUUGAAGAAGAGGAAAAACAGGCAGAAAAUGGGAAGAAGGAAGAGGAGAGAGGAAGAGAACCUGAAGCAGAGAGGGAGGCAGACAAGACAGAAUCAGAUAUGGGAGAUGGAGAGAAGGAGAAAGAGGGAAAAGAGGGAACAGAGGAAGGACAAAGAGAAGGAGAGAGUGAGAUAGAGAGGAAGGCCAAGGUAGAGCGUGAUGUUGGAGAGGGGAACCUUGCCACUGCUGCUGCAUCGGCUCUCGCUGCAGCUGCUGUUAAAGCCAAGCACCUGGCUGCAGUGGAAGAGAGGAAGAUCAAGUCUCUCGUGGCUUUGUUGGUGGAAACUCAGAUGAAGAAGCUGGAGAUAAAGCUGCGACACUUUGAAGAACUGGAAACCAUCAUGGACAGAGAGAGGGAGGCUCUGGAGUACCAGCGGCAGCAGCUCCUUGCCGACCGUCAGUCCUUCCACAUGGAGCAGUUGAAAUACGCUGAGAUGAGAGCUCGCCAGCAGCACUUCCAGCAGAUUCAGCACCAGCAGCAAAGCCAGGCCGGGGGCCCUCAUUCCAGCCAGCCGGCCUCAGGUGUGCAGCCUCAGGCCCUGGCAGCCAGUCAGCAAGCUCCCAGCACACCAGCACCGCAGCCAGCCGCCAGCCCCGCACCUCCAACGUCUUCUGCCCCAGCUGCAGAGUCCCAACCGCCUCAGGGUGCUCACACCUCGCCCCCAUGUCCCCCAAGCCAGGCCCCGGCUUCCCACUCCAGCUCCAGCACUACACCUGUACUUCAUGAGCCUACCGCCCCCCUCUCCGGGGAAACACUCCAGCCUGCAGCUCCAGUCCCUCCACCACAGUGAGGGAUCCACACAGGUCCUGAGAAUCCGAAUGACUCUGACCACAUUGAAUCCUGCCUGUAUAAUCCGAAAUGAAGAAGUCGUAAAACCGAAGGAAGAGACACAUUUUCCAGCCUUUGUUUCUUUGUUUGUUUUUCCAACAAGACAAUUGAAACCACCUCUACUAAAAAAGACCUUUUUAAAUUGAAUGGCCCAAUGAAGAGAAUCCAAUCAUCAAACAUGCAGAAGCUGUUCAUCACGCGGUCGACAGGACAGCACCAUCUCACUUCAUCAUGUUUUUGUCCGACACCAGAGAUCCGGUGAGGGUCUCGCCAACAUGCUGGCACUCAAGGAGAAGAAGAGAAAAGACUCAUCUUGUGUUUUCAGUGUUUUGGAAGUUGUUGCAUUUAUUUCCCUGCAACGUUUUAUCACAGCUUAUGAAGUCUGACGCUUCAUAACGUCUCCAGAGCCCCUCUCCCUUAUAUUCUCGGUAUUAAUUCAAAUAUAUGUAAUAAGAAAAUGCACUUUUAAUAUGUUUCCCUAGGUCUCGCUGAAAGACUUGAAGCAUCCAUGAAAUUGAACUUUAGCACUUACAACAACAAAAUCCUUCUGUUGUCUUAAAAUAGUUUUUCAUACCGAAGGAUUUGGAAAGUUGAUUUGGAAUGUUACUUUUUCCUUUUUAUUUUCAAUUUGUAUUACAUGGACAACGGUCACUCUUCAAGUUCCGGCCUGAAGGUCACAUGUCUAAAAAUAUCAAAUAUGUAAUGAAUGGAAAAUGUUGAAGUCACAUAGCCAGUUUGAAAUUAUCUGUUUGGAUGCAGUUAGAGAAUAUGUACUGUAAAUUGGAGUCUCUGUUACAAACACAUCUUUUGUUGCCCUGUAAUGAAAAAUGUGGAAACUAUUUUAACAGUAUUAGGUCUUGAAAAGACCUUAUUUUAGUGAAUAAUGUCCCUUUUCCAGAGCACUUAUCCAUGUGUCAGUUGAGGUGUUGCAAACCUAGAUGAACUUAAAGCAUCCAGGUUGUAGUAUUGUGAGGAAUGUAGGGAACAAAUGACUGAAGGGGACGGUCCGGGAAUAAUAAGGAUUCUGUCUUCGACCACAAAUAUGUUAUGAAUAAUUUGAUUUUGUCUUAAUUGCUAAACCAAAAUGUUUUUUAUAAUCAUGAGAUUUUAUUGUGGCUGCUCUGGAAUUGAAGUCGUUUUUUUUCCCGCAGCAAUUUUUUUUGUCGCUGGUGCAUCUUUGAAGAAAUGUCAAUGCUGUCAAAGAAAUAUCAAGGGAGCUCGCACCUUAAACGGCUGACAAUGGAGAACUGUGUCCUUAAUAUUUGCAACAAUAUCCUCACUUUUUAUCCUAUCGAUUUUUAUAUUUCUUAACUGUCCAUUUUCCAUCUUCUUUCUUUGAUACGUCAACAGUGUAACUUGUAUUAUUACCUUUGUAGCCGAUAUUUACCCUCUCCGCUGUUGUGUAUGAUUUAGACAGGUCAGUCUGAGAUGUGACUGUGAGCAUGUGUGUAUGUGAACGCAUGCCAUCGAGACCUGUACCAUGUUACCAUUCAGUUUUAUUUCUAGUGCCAUCCAUCGUUUGUACCGGGGUUUGAAGAAUUAGAAAAAAGAAGAAAAGAAACAUGCUUCAUUGUAGACGUUGCACAUCAUGUCAGCGCCAUGAGAUAUAAUUCAGUCAGGUGGUGAAACUUUACAGUUAACGUCCAUCCAGCCAGUAUUGCAGUCCUCACCACAGUCGUGACCAGACAUGCACUUCUUUUAUCUGUGUUAUUACUACAUUGUGUGGAUUUUGUGAUAUGAAAUACGUGUCUGUUCAGUUUCUGUAUGUUUUUCACUAUGCUGAAGGUAGCAGCAAUUGCAUUGAUUAUUAUAUAGUAGAAAUGGAUUUUUUUUUUCCUCAGUAAAUCAUUACAUUAGUGCUGACAGUUACUCUGACAGUUUGUAUGGGAAGAAGAAAAAGAAAAAAAGACAGAACAAAAGCGGUUCAGGUUUUAAUUACAAAAUGUUGGGGGGAAAAAAUAAAGAUGUGAAGAGGA